AUGGCCGCCUCCACCAUGUCCGUCUGCUCCAGCAACCUGAGCUACGGCAGCCGCGUCUGCCAGCCCAGUUCCUGCAAUUCUGGCCCCGACCCCUCCUGGCAGGUGGACGACUGCCCAGAGAGCUGCUGCGAGCCCCCCUGCUGCGCCCCCAGCUGCUGCCAGCCCAGUUGCUGCGCCCCGGCCCCCUGCCUCACCCUCGUCUGCUCCCCACUCGGCUGUGCCUCCAGCCCCUGCUGCCAGCAGUCUGGCUGCCAGCCUGACUGCUGCAGCUGCUCCCCCUGCCAGCCGUCCUGCUGCGUGCCCCUCUGCUGCCAGCCCCUGUGCUGCAAGCCCGUGUGCUGUGUGCCCGUCUGCUCUGGGCCUUCCUCCUCCUGCUGCCAGCAGUCUAGCUGUGAGCCCUCUUGCUGCUCAUCCUCCCCCUGCCAGCCGUCCUGCUGCGUGCCCCUCUGCUGCAAGCCCGUGUGCUGUGUGCCCGUCUGCUCUGGAGCCUCCUCCUGCUGCCAGCAGUCUAGCUGCCAGUCCGAUGGCUGCAGCUGCUCCCCCUGCCAGCAGUCUAGCUGUGAGCCCUCCUGCUGCAGCUGCUCCCCCUGCCAGCCGUCCUGCUGCGUGCCCGUCUGCUGCAAGCCCGUGUGCUGCUACAGGCCCUGCCCCUGCGUGUCCCUGCUCUGCCGCCCCGUGUGCAGGCCUGCCUGCUGUGUGCCCAGCUCCUGCUCUGCCUCCUGCUGCCAGCCCAGCUGCUGCCGUGCGGCCUCCUGUGUGUCCCUGCUCUGCCGCCCCGCCUGCUCCCGCCCGGUCUGCUGCCGUGUCUCCUUGGGACAGAAGUCCUGCUGCUGA